GAACCUCCCCCACCCCGGCUCCCCCGCUUCCCGCCAGAGCAUCAUCUCAAGCAGCCCCUGGCGCGGCCGGUUCCACGCAGCACGCGGGGCUUGCGGGCUGGGGGCGGGGGGCUGGUCCCCGGCCCCCACUAAGGGAGGUCGGGAGCGCGCCUGGGCCCGGCCGCAGCCUGGAGCACCGGCCGCGGCGUUCACGCACCUGGGAGCAGCGGCCCCGCAGCCCCUCGCGCCGGCGGGGACGCGGGGGUGCGGCCCGAGGCGGCGGAGGACGCAGCGAACGGCAGCAGGCGGGGUCCUCGCCCAGGGCCCCCGCAGUGCUGGUGCCCGCAAGCAGCGCGGCCGGACCGUUCCUUCAUCCUGUGGCCACCGCGCGUUAGAGAGAACUCCAUCAGAAGAGAACCUCGAGUGGGGGUGGGGGCGCUCAGGAGCUGCGGAGCCUCCCAAGGCAGCUGCCCGCAGCACUCUGCAUUUCCUGUUUGCUGUUCCACAGAGAGCAGCUGCUUUCUUUUCAGCACCCUGGAUGGAGAUGUCUGCCCAGAGGCUGAUUUCUAACAGAACGUCUCAGCAACCUACAUCUAAUUCUGAUUACACCUGGGAAUAUGAGUAUUAUGAGAUCGGACCAGUUUCCUUUGAAGGACUGAAAGCUCAUAAGUAUUCCAUUGUGAUUGGAUUUUGGGUUGGUCUUGCAGUCUUUGUGAUUUUCAUGUUCUUUGUGCUGACCUUGCUGACCAAGACAGGAGCCCCUCACCAAGACAAUGCAGAGUCUUCUGAGAAGAGAUUCCGGAUGAACAGCUUUGUGUCAGACUUCGGAAAACCACUGGAGCCAGAUAAGUUGUUUUCUCGCCAGGGUACUGAGGAGUCCAGGUCUCUCUUUCACUGCUACAUCAAUGAAGUGGAACACUUGGAUAGGGCCAAGACUGGUCACCAGACCACAUCCCUUGACACCAGUGUGCAGCUCCAGGAAGCCAUUGGAAGCAUUGGGAGAGCAGAAGAGGAACUGAACAGGCUCAUGAAGUUUGACAUCCCCAACUUCGUGAACACAGACCAAAACUCCUUUGGGGAGGAUGAUCUUCUGAUUUCAGAACCACCUAUAGUUCUAGAAAAUAAGCCAGUUGUCCAGACUUCACACAAAGAUCUGGUUUAAGAAAUAGGAUCUCUAAAGUAUCAUGCUAGUAACUAGCAAGGAAUCUCCAUUUUCUAAAAUUGUGUGUGCAUCUGUGUGGGAAUAAGAAACAGAAAGACCUACAUAGAUGGGUAAAGAGAUUAACCAAUUUCCCUUACCCAAAAUGUUGUUUAUGAAGCUGAGUUUAUGGCUUUAAACACAUUUGGGGCUUUUUUCAAGGUAGUGUGUUUAUACUGUCUCAUUGUCCUUGUUAAAAAGGUGGCCACUUAGUGUUCUUAAACGACGGUCACUGCAUGGUGUUAUAAUCUGGCUCUGACACCACCUUUAGCAAGCUCCUUGGUGUCUUUGGGCUGCUACAUCUAUAACUGUAGAAUGAGGAAUCUAAAGUCUACCAUCCACCAUCCAUCCUAGCUCCAAUAUUUUGUGAAUUUAUGACUUAGUAUCCUGACAGGGCUGGGGCAUGAAUAAAGCUAUGAACUAGGCACAGCCUUAUAGCUCCUCUUACAGAACUCCUAAAUGGCCAUACCUUCCCCUCUACCCAUAACAGCUCAGCCUUCACUAAGGGCCCAAGUAGCUACCAGAAUGUCAGGAGAGUCAUUUGUCAUGGUGGUCAGUUUUUCUGUUACCUGAAUAUCUCUUCUGAGGACCCCCACCCAUUUAUGUCCAAAUCUGGGGACAGCCCUGCCUGUUGCCCUAGAAUGAGUCCUGAUCCAUGAUAGAUAGUAUAACACUUCUCAGGAAGAGCUAAGAAAGUUGUCAGCUGACCUGGAAAAAUACCUUCAGUGUAUCUCUAUGUUGGCAUAUUUGUGUAUGAUCAAAUUGUUGUGCUAUUGACUACCAAACAAAAAAUUGCUUUUUGGCAAUCUGUCUAUGUGGUAGAUAUGUAAGCAAUGGUCACCUUGUUGUGUAGUUUUUACCUGAGCUAUGUAAUGAGUUGUAGAGACUCCACUAGUAGAUAUUUGUGAACAGGGGAUGGUAGUGGACAGAAACAAACUUACGAAUGAAUUAAACUGGCACAUUCUAAUUGGGCAGAACGUGAUUGUGGUUGUGUACACACAGGAGGUUGCAUGCAUGGCCACCUGAUAAUUUCUGGGUGGCAUUUUCAUUGUGAACUUUUUCACCACAUGUUUUGCUUAAGCUAAAAAAAUAAAUGCCUUUGAUUGCA